CCUAAUGUUAGUACGCAUUUCACCACGUCUGAUAAAUUGCCCUUACCAAAAACUUCUGAUUGUUCUAAAUUUAUCAAUCAACCCCAAUAUGAUGAUACCCCGAACAACCCUGUUCCUUACAUUGGAGCAUUUGUAUCAAAUUAUACCUUGACUUCUAAGGCAAUUCCUGUGAUUUCGCUUUACAUCUUUAUCACAGAUCCUAGUUAUAAUUUAUCCAAUCAAACAUCCGGAUUAGCCAUGCAAAUGGAAGCUUUUGAUGCAGGCAAAGUUAUAAGGCAACCCAUAAGUUCGUCAUUCUUAGGUUAUCUUGGUUAUUUAUGGUGUACCGAGUCCGGAAAUCAACCUUAUAUUGAAUCAGAUAUACAGAUUGUUCCGUUGUCAGAUACAAUUUAUCAAACUCAUCCCGUAGAGAAUUUGAAUGGAGCUUUUUAUGCAGUGGUACAGUUUGUCCCAAUGCCUACUAUCGUUAUAAGGAACGAAGUAGAACAAAGGAGCAAAUCUAUUUUUAGCUUACUGGGUGUUAUUGGUGGAAUUUGGAGUUCCAUGGCAGCUUUUUAUAUAUUUUUAUUUGGAUAUGGCAUAAUCUAUCCAUGGGGUUUUGUACAAAGAUCAAAGCCGUUUAGAGAAAAAUAUAAUGAAAAAUUCUCACCAUUGACCGUAGAUUUACAAUCUGAUGAUCCUGAUAUUAAACUUGAUAAUUUAGAAAAAAGACUUAAAUUCUAUGAAAACAUUGUCGAUACUUCAAUAUUAACCUCUAAUAAGACAGAUGCAUCUCCCACUAGCAAUA